GAAAGAGCAAAGAAUAAAAAGUAAGAUUUUGGGUCUAAGGUCAAAUUUAACUUCACUUGUAGGGUUUUGAUUUUCUCUCCUAUUUUCCAGAUAUGGGGUGGCUUAGAGCUGGGUCAAGUGUGGCAAAGCUUGCUAUUAGGAGGACUUUGUCUCAGGGUGGAUCUUAUGCUGCAAGAUCACGCUUUGUUCCUUCACAGAGUCGAUAUUUUCAUACCACCGUCUUUAAAUCAAAGGCACAGACUGCACCUGUUCCUCGUCCUGUUCCACUUUCUAAGCUAACUGAUAGUUUCUUAGAUGGAACCAGUAGUGUAUACUUGGAAGAGCUUCAGAGGGCCUGGGAAGCAGACCCAGAUAGCGUUGAUGAGUCAUGGGACAAUUUCUUCAGGAAUUUUGUUGGUCAGGCUGCCACAUCACCUGGAAUUUCAGGCCAGACCAUUCAGGAGAGUAUGCGACUAUUAUUGUUAGUGAGGGCUUAUCAGGUUAAUGGUCACAUGAGAGCAAAGUUGGAUCCCUUGGGUUUAGAGGAAAGAGAAAUCCCCGAUGAUUUGGAUCCAGCUCUUUAUGGUUUUACUGAAGCUGAUCUUGACAGAGAAUUCUUUUUAGGUGUAUGGAGGAUGGCUGGAUUUUUAUCAGAAAACCGGCCAGUGCAGACGCUUAGGUCAAUUUUGACUCGGCUCGAACAGGCUUACUGUGGAAGCAUUGGGUUUGAGUACAUGCACAUUGCUGACCGUGAGAAGUGCAACUGGUUGAGGGACAAGAUUGAAACUCCAACACCAAUGCAGUACAAUCGCCAGCGGCGUGAUGUCAUUCUUGAUAGGCUUAUAUGGAGUACACAGUUUGAAAAUUUCUUGGCUACUAAGUGGACAACAGCCAAGAGGUUUGGGCUAGAAGGGGGUGAAACCUUAAUUCCUGGAAUGAAAGAAAUGUUUGACAGGGCUGCAGACCUAGGGGUUGAAAGCAUAGUUAUUGGAAUGCCUCACAGAGGAAGAUUGAAUGUCCUAGGUAAUGUUGUCCGAAAGCCACUUCGUCAAAUAUUUAGCGAGUUCAGUGGUGGUACUAGGCCUGUAGAUGAAGUUGGGCUUUACACGGGAACUGGUGAUGUCAAAUAUCACUUGGGAACUUCCUAUGAUCGACCAACAAGAGGUGGAAAGAGAAUUCAUUUGUCUUUGGUUGCCAAUCCCAGUCACUUGGAGGCUGUGGAUCCAGUUGUUGUUGGAAAAACUAGAGCAAAGCAGUAUUACUCCAAUGAUCUGAAUAGGACCAAGAACAUGGCUAUUUUGAUCCAUGGAGAUGGCAGCUUUGCUGGACAGGGUGUAGUCUAUGAAACUCUUCAUCUUAGUGCACUUCCAAACUACACUACCGGUGGGACUAUACAUAUUGUAGUCAACAACCAAGUGGCAUUUACAACUGAUCCUAGGGCAGGCAGAUCCUCACAGUAUUGCACUGAUGUUGCCAAAGCAUUGAACGCUCCCAUUUUCCACGUAAAUGGAGAUGACGUUGAGGCGGUUGUUCAUGUAUGUGAACUAGCUGCCGAGUGGCGCCAAACCUUCCAUUCAGAUGUGGUAGUUGAUUUGGUCUGCUACCGUAGAUUUGGGCAUAAUGAGAUUGAUGAACCAUCGUUUACACAGCCAAAGAUGUAUAAGAUCAUUCGCAAUCACCCCUCAGCACUUCAGAUCUACCAAAACAAGUUGUUAGAGUCUGGGCAGGUAACACAGGAUGACAUUGGUAAUAUAAGUCAGAAGGUCAGUUCCAUUCUUAAUGAAGAAUUUUUAGCUAGCAAAGAUUAUGUUCCCAAAAAAAGAGAUUGGCUUUCUGCUUACUGGACGGGAUUCAAGUCACCUGAACAAGUUUCACGUGUUCGAAACACUGGGGUUAAACCUGAGAUAUUGAAGAAUGUUGGCAAAACAAUCACAACCCUUCCUGAUACUUUUAAGCCUCAUAGAGCGGUAAAGAAGGUUUACGAACAACGUUCACAAAUGAUUGAGACGGGGGAUGGCCUUGACUGGGCUAUGGGUGAAGCACUUGCAUUUGCUACGUUGCUGGUGGAAGGUAACCAUGUUAGGUUGAGUGGUCAGGAUGUUGAAAGGGGUACAUUCAGUCAUCGGCACUCUGUGAUUCAUGAUCAGGAAACAGGGGAGCAGUAUUGCCCUCUAGACCAUGUUAUCAUCAACCAGAAUGAGGAGAUGUUUACUGUCAGCAAUAGUUCUCUUUCUGAGUUUGGUGUGCUUGGAUUCGAGUUGGGUUACUCAAUGGAAAAUCCAAAUUCAUUGGUUAUGUGGGAAGCUCAGUUUGGUGACUUUGCUAAUGGUGCUCAAGUGAUAUUUGAUCAGUUUAUAAGUAGCGGGGAGGCGAAGUGGCUGCGUCAAACUGGUCUCGUUGUGCUGCUUCCCCAUGGUUAUGAUGGACAAGGUCCCGAACAUUCAAGUGCACGACUAGAGCGUUAUCUUCAGAUGAGUGAUGAUAAUCCUUUUGUGAUUCCUGAGAUGGAUCCAACACUUCGUAAACAAAUUCAGGAGUGCAACUGGCAAGUGGUUAAUGUUACAACACCUGCUAAUUACUUCCAUGUUUUGCGACGUCAGAUACACAGGGAAUUCCGUAAGCCUCUCAUUGUGAUGUCCCCCAAAAACUUACUUCGUCACAAGGACUGCAAAUCAAACCUUUCUGAAUUUGAUGACGUCCAAGGCCACCCUGGUUUUGAUAAACAAGGAACACGAUUUAAGCGUCUUAUUAAGGAUCAGAAUAUGCACUCUGACCUUGAGAAGGGCAUCAGACGCUUGGUACUUUGUUCCGGAAAGGUUUACUAUGAGCUUGAUGAUGAGCGAAAGAAAAACAAUGCUAGCGAUGUUGCUAUCUGUCGAGUGGAACAGCUUUGCCCGUUCCCUUAUGACCUAAUCCAGCGAGAGCUUAAGCGAUAUCCAAAUGCGGAGAUUGUUUGGUGUCAAGAAGAACCGAUGAACAUGGGUGCAUACAGCUACAUCUCACCUCGCCUUGCCACUUCAAUGGCCUCUUUGGAUAGAGGAGUCUUUGAGGAUAUCAGAUAUGUCGGUCGUGCUCCAUCUGCUUCCACUGCUACUGGCUUCUAUUCUGUGCAUGUGAAAGAACAAACCGAGCUCGUUCAAAAGGCCAUUCAACCCGAACCAAUCAAGGCCAAUAUCACUAUCUGAAGCUUUGCUCAAAAUCAUACAUGAAAAACUAUAGCAUUGAAGCAAUUCUGUCAAAUAAGAUCUGGUGCAGAUCUUGAAAACUCUUUAUCAGGGUUUGUUAUUUUGAUGGUCUGUCAUUUUUCCGCUAUUACUUCUCUUCCAAGGCACCACUACACGAAGGUGAACAGGUUAUUAAUUUUUUUUUAAUUUGAUGCAAAAUUUCCUUUUGUAAUA